CAGCGGGAGAAAAAAAAAACAGCACUGGUCUGUUUCAAGUCCCCCCAAUAGAAACUGUGCCUGAUUUGUGGCCAAUGCUUUGGGAUGAAAAAAAAAACCUAAAAGGGGGUAGCUAUGGAGAUAGAGCGCUAUCCUCGCUGCUUUCUUUGACAGGUGUUGAGUGGGGAAAAAAGUCGGAAAAGAGAAAUAAGGAUGUAUGCCAAAGGGAAAGGAUCCACCGUACCCUCUGAUAGCCAAGCACGGGAAAAGUUAGCUUUAUAUGUGUAUGAAUAUUUACUCCAUGUUGGGGCACAGAAAUCGGCACAGACAUUCCUGUCAGAGAUUCGAUGGGAGAAGAAUAUCACAUUAGGCGAGCCCCCGGGGUUUCUACAUUCUUGGUGGUGUGUAUUUUGGGAUCUAUACUGUGCAGCACCAGACAGAAGGGAGACAUGUGAACAUUCAAGUGAAGCCAAGGCUUUCCAUGACUACAGUGCUGCAGCCGCCCCCAGCCCUGUCAUGGGUAAUAUGCCCCCAAAUGAUGGUAUGCCAGGUGGACCCAUGCCACCAGGUUUUUUUCAGGGACCGCCUGGCUCACAGCCGUCACCGCACGCACAGCCUCCCCCUCACAAUCCAAGCAACCCAAUGAUGGGACCUCACAGCCAGCCUUUCAUGUCUCCGAGAUACCCAGGUGGACCUCGUCCUUCCCUUAGAAUGCCAAAUCAGCCCCCAGUUGGUGUCCCGGGGUCACAGCCAUUACUGCCCAACAGUUUAGACCCAACAAGACCGCAGGGACAUCCAAACAUGGGUGGCCCAAUGCAACGGAUGAAUCCCCCUCGGGGAAUGGCAGGGAUGGGUCCGCAGAACUAUGGUGGGGGGAUGAGACCACCUCCAAACUCCUUAGGAGGGCCAGGAAUGCCAGGAAUGAACAUGGGUCCUGGAGGACGAGGUCCUUGGCCAAACCCUAACGCUAAUUCAAUAGCUUACUCCUCAUCCUCUCCUGGAAAUUAUGUGGGUCCACCAGGAGGAGGUGGUCCGCCAGGAACGCCCAUUAUGCCAAGUCCAGGAGAUUCCACUAACUCAAGUGAGAACAUAUACACAAUGAUGAACCCUAUAGGCCCUGGAGGCAACAGACCCAAUUUCCCAAUAGGACCUGGUCCUGAUGGCCCUAUGGGGGGAAUAGGAGCAAUGGAGCCUCACCAUAUGAAUGGUUCUUUAGGCUCUGGGGAUAUGGACGGGCUGCCAAAGAAUUCUCCAAAUAACAUGACAGGGAUGAAUAACCCUCCUGGCACUCCACGGGAUGACGGGGAAAUGGGUGGCAACUUCUUAAAUCCGUUCCAAAGUGAAAGCUAUUCUCCUAGCAUGACAAUGAGUGUGUGAUCCCCUUCCCGUCCAAAAAAUACAUCGCAACCUUCCCUUGGAGUCCGCGCACCUCGUGCAGAUUGAACCCUGCCGGGCACACCGCAACCAGGGAACUCAAGAGAAGGUCAGCCGGCGUGUGCACGACUUUAAACAAGAACUGUAACAAAAAUAAAUCAUUAAAUAAAACAAAGACAAUGACAGCAAAUACACACCACCAAUCCAACCUGAUUCCGGUCUGGGAGCUCGAAAUGAACAGUGGCAGAUGCGUGGCACCGGAGCAGCGGUCAUCUGGAGGGUUCCUCAUGGAUUCUAGAGCCCUGAGUUGAGCAAUAUUUAAUUUUGUUUAGUUUUUUUUUUUUUGGUCUCUUUGUUUGUUAAGGGGCACAUCGACUUUCAGUGAAGCACACACAAAUGCACAAGUACUGUUCUGUUUACAUUAUCUUCUGACUUUGUAUUUUAUUUGUUGUGUUUGGAUGCUCUUGUCAUGUCACUACAUUGAGUUUCUACCAAGAAAAGGACAGGAGGCGGCAGGUCGGGGAUGGUGGUUGAUGGGAGAGUUCAGGGUCGGCGGGUGGGUAGAUGGUGGGGGGGCGGGGGCUUUAGGCAGGCUCAGGGUGGGCUGAUCUUUUUUGGUUGAGUUUGCCUUUUAUAGACUGAAUUCUUUGCACAAGAUUGUCCGUAAAGACCACCAGACUGAGGAGAAGUCAGACUGAUGCAGACUGGAAAAUGAAACUGGCCCAACAUAUUUAUGGCAAUCGUAUUUUUUAUGCGUCAUAGUAUAAAGAUGAUACCCCAGAAAUUUGGUAGGGUGAAAAUGUCAUGGCAGUACCAUCUGGAUCGUCUCCGCACUCUCUCUUUCUCAUUCUACGUCACCUGAACCUGGCCAGUCUCAUUGCUUUAGACAUUAAUCAUUGCCAACUGCAAGGUCAUUCAUAGGGAUGACUGAUUCAUUUAGCCUUACAGUCUCCUGACCUCUGUGCUGUUUUGGUUGUCGGUGCAUCUCUAGUGCAAGUCCAAAGUUUGUCAGGGUGGUGUGACCACCUGAUGUUAUCUAAGCAUAGUGUCCAUUGGUCGUUAGCUUGAUGUCACCCUAUGAACUAUUGACCACUGCUCCAGAGGUUCACAUUGCCUGUUGUCUAAGACUCACUGAAUCUCCAAAGCCUUUGUGCACUCCCCUGAAUUGAUGAUUGGCUUUGGAGCUAUGCAGCCUUCAAAUGCCAACUUUCCAGUGGUUACAAAUUCUUGUCCAAUUGAAGGGCUUCUAGAUAGCGGUAUUUAAACCAUUCAGUGUCUGAAGGUAUCCUUCACUCGCAGUUUACAUUUCAUCAGUAUAGAAUUGUUCAUGUAUUUUGCAUCUACUAGCCACUGUCUGUGGUUUGGAAGCUUCCCAGCUUUUGAAGACUACUUUGUAGUGAAACUGAAUCUUUAUGGUUGGAGUGUACUAGGUCUGACCUCUUCAGUCCUGUGGUCUGUUGGCUACUGUUUCUGAUGUAGUCCAAACGUGAAACUGUACACUCCAGUCCAUCAAGUCUGUGACGUGUUGGCCAGUGGUUAUGAAGCUUCCCAAAGAUGUUAUUGUUGUGAUGUUUACUUGCUCCUGAUCCUGAACCCAUUCAGUCUGGCACCAGCACCAGCUGUCUAGGCAUUUGAGUAAGCGGACCAGAGGGCCUGCAGUCCUUGAGCCCUGAUGUCUACUGGCCUGUAAUGCUGAAGCCAUUUGAGUCCAUGGACUAUUUGCUGCUUGUUCGGAAUCUGGCCGACUAGUUCUUUCAAAGCCUUUUAUUGCUUCCCGCUACUUUCCAGUGGAUCCUGAAAGCUGUCAGGCUUCUGAACCUGAUGGCUUCUUUUUUCUUUUCUUGUAUCCCCAUAUCUCUCUCACUCCAUUGUUAAACUACAUAUUUUGUUAGCUGGGCCCACUGAAUACCAGAUACUUUGACUCCAAUGUCCUUGUUAAGACAAAUAUUUGUUUGGUGCCAUGCCAUCUGACCUGAAUAGUUGUGGUGGCUGUAAAUAAUUUGCUUACACUUCUCUCCCAGGUUAGUCUGACCAGCGUGAUGGCCUUUUCUGGACACUCUCUGUUUGCAGAGUUUUAGUUAAACCCACGAAAUAAAACAAAAACUGCCUCAGCAAGUUGAUCAUUUUAUGGGAAACUGUUGUCGGUCUGUCCUGCAAAUCAUCAUGUUAUCUAAACCUUUCAGUGAUAAAAUGUUAAGGGGCCCGUAGGAUCUGCACACAAAUGGAAUGACUUGAUUCAACCUUUUCUUGGGUAUCUCUUGUUGGAAACCACAGUGGGUGGGGUGGGGUGGGGGGGGAUUAGGGGAUGGGGGUCGAGAGCUAUUACCUCUAAUUUGGGUGUCUGUCACUUUGGUAGUGGCACAAGUGAUAGGUGAUGAGUGGAGUCUAGCUGUCCAAGUAAGAGUCUACUCUUAAAAGGGCCGACUGUAUCAAUGGCUGCCUUCGUCUUCCGCAUUGGUACGCGUCGGCUCGGAGGUUUGGGAAAAGCCUUUGCAAUGUUAAUGGAGUUAAUUUCCCUGUCACGCCAUUCCCUACUGUUCUGAUGUGGCUAUUUUUUAAAAGUAAAAUAGAAUGAGGAUGACAAAACCUAAUCCAUCGCUGACUAUGAGCGAACUGGGAACUGUUCCACUGGAUCAGCCCAGUUUUGGAUUUGUUUUUUAUUAACCAGUAGGGUGGCAGCAGGGACAAUUUUGCCUUCACAGGCUCUGCAUUGGCAUGCAGAUGGGCAAAGCUGGAUCAGCAGGAUCACCUCUUACUUGUGCAGCCCAGUGAUGUGUAGCUCGAGGUGGGGAAAGGGAAGUGGGAGGGGUGGAGGAUACAGACUAUGGGUCAUUGGAGCUCCCGACCCCCUGCCUCGUUUUAUUUGUUUUUAAUUUUUUAGAUUUUUUUUUUUUUUUUUUUGUAAAUACUGUAUAAUGCAUUUUGAUAUCAUUGACAUGUUUUAAGAUGUCAGUCACAAUCAGAAAUACAAACACUGUCUCAAAGCGAGGAGGUAAGCAAGCAAGUUGUAAUUUAAAGAGACGGUGCGCCUUCUUUGUUACUUUUUUUUUUUUUAAAUAUAUAUAUAAAUAUUGUACAUUACAGAAAGUUGCCCGCUAGUAAAGAGGCGUUUUGAAAUUAGAAUGUUGCAGAAAGUCACGCUUUAAAAUAACUGAAAAAGAAAAAAAAAAAAAUUCUCUGGACGCUUCCUGGUUACUUUCGGCUCCUGAGCAGACAGCCUUGGUUUUUAAGCCAGAAUCUCUCUUGAUCUCUGAUUCCCUUGUUCAGCUCACAGCAGCCUGAGCUUUCACUGACUAAAUGUGGAUGAAGUUUUCCACUGACUUCAGCAAGAUUUUACCAAAAAUGAAAAGAACAAAAAACACACAUAUGCAUUUGUUCAUAGUGAGCCCCAGAAAGAAAAGGGAGGCAGACAGGAUGAGGCCUUUUUGGAAGAAAUUAAGAUUAAGGGGCGGGGUUUAUGCCUAACUAUCAUUAAGUGGGGGGAGGUUCUCAAAAUAACCACACCCCCUUUAUCCCUUCAGACUUUACAGGUGAAAGAGUGAGGUACAAAGCCCCUUCCCUUACUAAGUGAAGGGAGGUCCCAUAGCUGUUGACCAGGGUCCUAGCCCCAGCAGUUAGUGGCUUGACAUUAAAGCUCAGGACUGAUUAGGGUUUUGUGUCUGUCCCUUAUGUGGAUGAGGCUUCCAUAAGCCUCCCUGUUCCUUUUUUUUUUUUUUUAAUUAAUAUUUGAACUUUCCCUCUCUGUAGGUUUAAUAUUUUAGGGUUACCCCAUAACUUGUCAAGAGUUAAAUCCUGAGGCACAAAACCUUAAGUGGUGGGAGAUUCUCAAUAUCUUAAUACCCCAUUCCCCCCACCUUUUCAUUUUCGAUUCAAAUUUUGCUCCAGGACUCCAUUUGGGUGAUCUGCUAAAAUUCAGAUUUUAGAGGCUUAAGUGCCUCGUUCUUCUAGGGUUUGUCUGCCGUCCCACCCUCUGCAUCCUGAAUCUUCCCAGUUAUGUGUGCUGCACAGGUUUACUGAAGCUAGGGGGAGUUUGACUUGUGGUUCACAAAUGCCAAGCUCUGGCUUUCCAGUGACUAAUGAAGAAAUAACUAAAAUGGCUGCUACUAAGGGAGCGGGGUCUGCAUACUGGCUUAUUAAAAAGGAUAAAAAAAAAUCCACAAUUUUUAUUUUAUUUUAUUUUUUUUAAACUGUGGAUUGAAAAUAUGAAAGUAAGGCUGCUGCCAUCUUUAAAAGUAGCAAGGGACCAUUCCAGUGACUCUCGUUAAUAUGAAGGAUUUUUAUCUAUUUAAAGAAAAAGAAUAAUACAAAACAGAAAAACAUAAAGGACCUCAAUUUUCUGAAAAUAAAAUUCUUUGUCUGUGUGUUCUGCUAUUUUCUCCUGAAAUGGCUCUGUACAGUUUGAUGCUAUUAAGCCUUUUGCCAAUCCCACCACACCUCCCCAGCCCCCGCCCCCCUCCACCCCCCAAGUCCUUCCGUCGACCGAUUACCAGUGUCAGCCAUUUGCGUAUUUCUAGUGUGAUGUAAAAUACUGUAACAUUAGAGAUCAAUUUUUGAGGAAACAAUCUGUGUUCUGUUCACCGUCCUUUUCAGAUGAUUCCACAGUAUUGGAUAUGAAGCAGGUCUGUCUCCUGGGUUAGCUUUGUACUUCAUUGUAGACUUAGCGAAUUCUGUCUUAGGGGUUUAGUCGUCCAGUGUAGUAUAAAUAUUCUGUCAUUUGUAGCGCUCUUUAUAUUGUAAAGUUUCUUUAGACUGAAGAAGAAAAAAAAAAAAA